AUGGCUGCUGCUCGGACUCUUCGCAUAGGCCUCAUCCCUGGUGACGGGAUCGGACGGGAGGUCAUUCCGGCUGGUAGACGGGUACUGGAAUCCCUUCCCCCGUCCCUAAACCUGAAAUUCAGCUUUGUCGAUCUGGAUGCGGGCUUCGAUACUUUCAAGCGAACUGGGACUGCAUUGCCCGACAAGACCGUGGAGACUUUGAAGAAGGAAUGUGAUGGAGCCCUGUUUGGGGCUGUUAGCUCCCCGAGCACCAAAGUCGCCGGUUACUCAUCUCCGAUUGUCGCUCUGCGGAAGAAGCUCGAUCUCUAUGCCAACGUCCGACCAGUCAAGUCCACCACUGGCGGCAGUGCCGGUAAACCCAUUGAUAUGGUGAUUGUUCGGGAGAACACUGAGGACCUGUACGUGAAGGAGGAGCAGACCAAGGAAACCCCCAAUGGCAAGGUGGCUGAGGCUAUCAAGCGCAUUUCCGAGGGGGCUUCCUUUCGCAUCUCCACCAUCGCGGGAGAGAUCGCUCUGCGCCGCCAGAAGAUCCGGGACGCGGCUUCUACACCAGCCGGUCGCUCCCAACCUAUGGUGACCAUCACCCACAAAUCCAAUGUUCUGUCGCAGACAGACGGCUUGUUCCGCGAGACGGCCCGAAAGGCUCUCGCGGCGGACCGCUUCUCUUCCGUGCUCGUGGAGGAGCAGAUUGUUGACUCAAUGGUUUACAAGCUUUUUCGCCAACCCGAGUACUACGAUGUGAUCGUUGCGCCCAACUUGUAUGGUGACAUCUUGUCCGAUGGUGCCGCCGCUCUUGUCGGUAGCUUGGGUCUGGUGCCAAGUGCCAACGUCGGAGAUGGAUUCGCGAUCGGCGAGCCCUGCCAUGGAAGUGCACCGGAUAUUGAGGGCAAGGGCAUUGCUAACCCGAUUGCUACCCUGCGCAGCGUGGGGCUGAUGCUGGAGUUUUUGGGUGAGGAGAGCGCUGCCACCAAGAUCUACACCGCUGUUGAUGCCAAUCUGGAUGAGGGCAGGUAUCUUUCCCCUGAUAUGGGUGGUAAGGCCACCACCGAGGAAGUCCUGGCCGAUGUGCUAAAGAGACUGUAA